AUGAUCCCUGCACUGCUGUUGCUGGGUCUUUCAGCCCUUGUUGCUCCAUCCCUGAGUUACAGUUGCUAUGGUGAUAUAAGUGCUCUUCAAGCCCCCACGAUCUCCUGUACACCUGUAAGAGCCUCUGACUGUGCAGGAUAUGCCAUGAUACGGAGGACGGCUGAGGCAGACCUGCCACGCCUGAGGAGAUAUGAGAUCCCAAUUAAGAGAGUAGCCAGAAACCUGUGCUUGGAUCCAGCGCUUAUCGGUGCCAUCAUGUCCCAGGAGAGCCGUGUGGGCCUGCUCCUGGACAACGGCUGGGACCGCGCGCGCCAGAAGUACGGCCUGAUGCAGAUCAGCAGGCAGCAAGUGCAACCUUCUGUGACGUGGGAUAGUGAAGAACACAUAAAUCAGUGCUCAAAUAUCCUGGUUCUUUCCAUUAAUGAAGUACGGGCAAGACAUCCUACCUGGUCCUGGGACCAGCAGCUGAGAGGGGGAAUCUGCACCUACCAUGCCAGAAUGGGCAAUGUCCAGGUCUACGAGGCAGACCCAUGCAGCAGCGACUACAACUAUGUCAACAGCGUGAUUAGGAGAGCCCAGUACUUUAAGAGAAAUGGGUUCUAG